AUGAAAAUGCGUUCUUCUCUUUACAAUGAAAAACCCAAUGAACGCGGCGACGGCAACGAUGAUCAGGCUCAAUUUGAGGAGGAAAUCAUGCACGAAAAUGAGGCAAUCCUGGGAGCUUUGGGGAAAACCGUGAAGCGAAUGAAGGCAUCAGCAGGCGUUCUUUUAGAAGAGGCUGAGGAACACAAUAAAUUGUUGGAAACUGUAAGCAGUGCGUUUUCUAGGGCAAGCAGCGGUGUGAAUCGAACGGUACAGCGAAUUGAGGGGGUAGCAGGACAGUAUGGAUGGCGAUAUACAAUCCUUGUUGGUUUCAUGGUGGGAUUCACCGUUUACUCCCUGUAUCGUGUUCUGUGGUGA